AUGUUAUCAGGAUUAGCGUGGACAGAUCUGAUUGGUCAGUUUGCAGUCAGUCCAAUAGCAAUCAUCGCCUAUGCCAACAACCUACGCUGGAUAGGAGGUACCGAGCUGUGCCGCUACCACGGCUUCAUGAUGGUCUCCUUCGGGCUCGUGAUGCCACUCAUUGUAUGCUGCAUGUCUGUAGAACGACUACUGGCAAUCAAGUUCUCCUAUUACUAUGCUAAACAUGUAACUAGACGAAAAGCCCAGUGCACGUUUCUGGGCUGCUGGUGUGUCACGACUUUGUUCUCCGCCUUACCCUUUCUUGGAUUCGGCAGCUACGAGCUCCAGUUUCCCCGUACGUGGUGUUUUCUGAAUUUUCACCGGGAGAGUAAAGUGGACAGCAUUUACGCAGCAUUGUUCGGCAGUUUUAAUAUUAUUGCUAUUAUUAUCAUGAUAUUAUGUAACCUCAUAGUGGCGGGAACGUUGUUCAGCAUGAGAAGGAGCCGCCAGUUGAAUAGUUCGCCAUCUGUGGACAGGAGGUUGUCCACUUCCGGGCUAGCCUCUACUGCUUCCGGUACAAUUUUUCGUACCAGACGACAUUCGGACAUGGAAGCUCAGAUGAUCUGGUUCCUCUGUCUGAUCACUGUAGCCUUCAGUGUCUGUUGGCUGCCGCUCAAUGUACACAUUUUGAUCAUGCAGUUCGCUGGCACCAACAACAAGGUUCUGGACCUGAAGGUUAUCCGCAUGGCCAGCUGCAAUCAAAUCCUCGAUCCCUGGUUGUAUGUGAUCUUCAGGAAAAACUCGCUGCUGAGGAUCAUUCGGCGCCUGAAGGCUUGCAUUAAUGCAGUGCAACAAGUGCCUCGACAAGCAUCCACGAAGGUACCUAAGAUGCGUUAUAUCAUCAGCAACAAAAGCUUUACAUACGAAGCUUCUAGUCUCGUAAAGACCCAUUUGGCAGGACCAUGCUGUAUCAACGAUCCAAAUAUGGGUAAGCAUGUGGCUCCAACGGAUUGUGAACAGACCAAGAAACAGGACUGCAGUUGCGGUAGCUCAGACAGCAAUGCACGGCUAAUGUCUGCCUGUUCUUAUUGUGAUUGCGAUUGUAGAAGCCGCAGUGUGUGUAAUCUAAUACCUGAUCUAGUUCAUGACCGAUCUCAGCACACCGAUGUAAAACCAAAUUGUUGUGAUUUCCCUGACAACACGUUCAAGUGUUGUAAGUGCGAAUGUGCUGCUCGAAAAGACAAUGUUGAACAGCCGUACUUCGGGAAUACAUGUAGGGGUUUAUCUGAACCAUUUAUUGACACGAGCUCCAAACCAAAGAGAAUGUUUAAAACAUUUUUAUCAGGUCUUGAUAAUUCUGUAUCCAGCGAUUUAAAUGGAGCUUACUAUUCGCUGGAUUCUACACAUCAUCCGCCUGUUAUUUCAAUGAACAGUUCCAAAACAAAAAAGAUGCUGUCGUCUACGGGACAAUUAUUGCCUUUCAAAAGAUCGCCUAAACACGGAGUAAACUCAGCCUCUAUCUAUUCUGAAGUUGCUAGACCUCAUUCCUUAGCCAUAUUGAACAGUGCUAGCUUCCUGCUCCUACCUUCGCUGACAAGUCCACAGAGACUAGUAACACCACGACAUGAGGAACAAGAUAACAUAUCAACACAUUCUUCUUGUACAGCAAACUUUAGCACCUGUCCUGCCAACAUUCCAUUUUUACUGGAAAAUAUUCCAGAAUCUCUUGCUCCGAAAGGAAACGGACAUAUGCUAGCUGGUAAGAAAAGCCAGCCUAAUUGUUCCGGUGUCCGUUCAUAUUCUAAUUUACAGCGUACACCAACGGACACACACCUGUAUAAGUACAAACAGGCCAUCGAUAACUCAUCUGUUUAUAGCAAAGAUGAUAUAUAUCUCUCCUUACGUGGGGCGGACACAGUGACCAGAUGGCCAACAUAUCACAACAUGAAGAUGUACAACUUUACAGUCACAGGUUUUUCCAAAGAAGACAUAGCUAACAUAAUCUCCGGGAAACGUUUAUCUUGUCCUCACAAAACAAAGUCCACAUUCUCCAGCAAACUAUUCUCCUUCGGCACCACAAGCCAAAACAGCAAGAAUCCUGCAAUGAAUGCGGGAGCAAAGUUGUGUAACUCUAGUAGCCUGCUUCAGUGUGUAGAUCACUCAGACCACAUUAAAUGCUUUAAGGCAAAAAAGACCACCCCGCAUCAGGGCAGGAACGGGACAGCAGCAUAUAUAACAGACCUUCAAAAUCAAGCAAAUGGUUGUAAACACAGUUUUUUGGACGUCUCUGUGGGCAGCUGUCCGUGA